ACUUUCUGACGAAAGCUUGUGGAAACACGGGGGAUGUCAAACAUGGCUGUCAGAGGGGGAAAGCAGAACCGUUCAUGUCCUGGUCUUUCAGGUAGGAAAGGAGUAGGUGAUCAAGAUGAGGACGAGCAACCACUACAGGCAGUGCUGGUUGCUGACAGUUUCAACCGGAGAUUUUUCCCCAUCUCGAAAGACCAGCCCAGAGCUCUACUACCUCUUGGCAAUGUGGCGAUGAUUGACUACACCCUAGAGUUCCUGACAUCAACAGGAGUACAGGAAACCUUUGUCUUCUGCUGUUGGAUGUCCAAUAAGAUCAAGGAGCACUUGCUUAAAUCAAAAUGGUGCCGCCCCACCUCUCCGAAUGUAGUCCACAUCAUCACCUCGGACCUGUACCGUUCUCUCGGCGAUGUGCUGAGGGAUGUAGAUGCCAAGUCCCUGGUCCGUUCAGACUUUGUGCUCGUCUAUGGAGACGUGGUGUCAAACAUUGAUGUCAGUCAAGCCUUGCAUGAGCACAGGUAUCGUCGUAAAAUGGAGAAGAACAUCUCUGUGAUGACCAUGAUCUUCAAAGAGUCUUCGCCUGGACACAAGUCACGCUGUGAGGAGGAUGACAUCAUCAUUGGCAUAGACAGCAAGAGCAAACGCAUUCUUCACUAUCAGAAGACACAGGGGUUGAAGAAGCUGCAGUUCCCAAUGAAUAUUUUCCACAGUGGAAGUGAUGAGUUUGAAAUCCGAUAUGACCUGCUGGACUGUCACAUCAGCAUCUGCUCCCCACAGGUAGCUGAGCUCUUCACUGACAACUUUGACUACCAAACAAGGAAUGACUUUGUAAAAGGGAUUUUGGUUAAUGAGGAGAUCCUGGGAAACCAGAUACACAUGCAUAUGACCAAGGAUGGUUAUGGAGCUCGGGUGUCUAACCUGCUCAUGUACGACUCUGUAUCGUCGGACAUGGUACGUCGCUGGGUCUACCCCCUCACGCCCGAGGCCAACUUUACCGACCAGAAGGGCCGUGGCUGCACACACUCCCGUCACAACGUAUACCGGGGGUCGGGGGUUAGCCUGGGUCAUGGGAGUCAGAUGGAGGAGAACAUUCUGAUCGGCUCUGACACGAGCAUUGGGGCUAACUGUCACAUCUCAAACAGUGUCAUCGGCAACAACUGCACCAUAGGGGAUAACGUGGUUCUGGACCGCGCCUAUAUCUGGAAUAACGUUCACAUCGCCAACAAUGUGGACAUCAGCCAGUCUGUUGUGUGUGACGGAGCCGAGGUCAAAGUGGGCGUCAGGCUAAACAAACAGUGUGUGCUGGCCUAUAACGUGGUGAUAGGACCAAGCAUUUCCCUCCCAGAAGGCAGCGUGGUGUCGAUGCACCACCCAGAGGAGGUGGACGACGAGGAUGAUGAUGACGAGUUCCUGAGUGACGAUAGAGACGUGGGCAACAGCAAGGACAAGACCAAGCAGAAGACUUUUAACCCUGUGGAGGUAGGAGCAGAGGGGAGAGGUUAUAUCUGGAAGGCCAGCUGUCUGGACGACGACGACGAGGAGUUGGCCCAGUGCCUAUGGGGGCUGGUGUUGAACCCUGACCCAGAGAGUGAGAGCGAGAGUGAGGCCAGUGAGGACUCUCAGGACCCUGGAAGUCGUAGUGUGUCUCCAGAGAUGGACGAUGUCAAAGUUUUCCAGUUGGAAGUCUUGGGUACUCUUCAGAGGGGAUUAGAGGAGAAUAUCGGCUGUGAUAAUCUUGUGCUGGAGAUCAACUCUUUAAAAUAUGCCUACAACAUCACUCUGAAGGAGGUCAUGCAGAUUCUGACUAGAGUGGUUCUGGACUUCCCUUUCCAACAGCAGGGUCAUCAGCUCACCACCCCCCAGUACACGUCUCUCCUUCUGCCUCUGUUGAAAAGGUGGGCACCAGUCUUCAAAAACUACAUCAAGAGAGUGCAGGACUACCUGGACUGCCUGUCGGCCAUAGAGGAGUUGUUCCUUGAGCAGGAGACUCACUGGGGUGCUAUGGUGAAGGUCCUGAUGAACAUGUACCAGCUGGAGAUCCUGGAGGAGGACACCAUCCUGCGCUGGUUCUCCCAGGGAGCCACCACAGACCAGAGCAAACGGCUGCGCAAGAACCAGGGGCUUCAGAAGUUCAUCCAGUGGUUGGAAGAAGCAGAGGAGGAGGGCGAGUGACAGCGUGCACUCAAGGGCAAGACCAUACAAAGACUUUGACUUCAGACUGUUGAGGGCAUACAGUACAUACUAGAGACCUGGGUUAGAAUCGGCAUUUAGAAGCUUUUGUGGUGGUCAGUGUUGACUCAGUUGCAGUGUCCUGUUGCUUCUCCUUUGGCUAGUGGUCUUGUAGAUAUGUACAGUGCUAACUGACAUCACUUCACGCAAAUGCAAACUGAAAAACACAUAUCCCACUGUGCCAUGUGGAGGAAGGGCUAUCUUGAAUGUCAACACUUAAAUAAAAGAUGGAACUGAGCUACAUUUCAGGAACAGCAUGGAGCCUUACUAAAAGAUGCAUCAUGAAACUCAGAUUUACUGAUAUGGUUUUGUUUUACUAUAGAGUUGUUUUUUUGUUUUAUGAUUGAGAGACAGACACCAAGAAAAAUAUCAAGAGUGAAUAAAAGAUUAACACCA